AUGUCCUCCAUCAAGUGGCAAAAGCGGGGCCUCCCCCAUUCGCAUAUCUUGGUGUGGCUUGAAGAGAAACUCCACCCUGCUGAUGUCGACCCUAUUAUUAGUGCAGAGAUACCCAACCCCGAAGAAGACUCAAUGCUCUACAACAUCAUCAAGAAGCACAUGAUCCAUGGGCCAUGUGGUGCACUAAACCGAAAGUCGCCAUGCAUGAAAGACGGCAAGUGUACGAAACGAUAUCCAAGAGAGCUUCUCCAGGAGACUCAGACAGGGCACGACGGGUACCCACUUUACCGCAGAAGAAAGGCGGGAGAUGGUGGAUUUACAGCAAAAGUGACAAUCUUAGGUUGCAACAAAGUGGAAAUUGAUAACAAGUGGGUGGUCCCUUAUUGCCCUAUACUGUCCAAGAUCUUCAAUGCGCACAUUAAUGUUGAGUACUGCAAUACAGUGAAAUCGAUCAAGUACAUAUGUAAAUACGUCAACAAAGGUAGCGAUCAGGCAGUAUUCGGGCUUGAACGGCAAGAAAUGAGGAGGGAUGAGGUUUCAAAGUACGAGAUUGGAAGAUACAUAUGCAGCAGUGAAGCAACAUGGCGUAUUCUUGACUUCCCGAUUCAUCACAGGUAUCCACCGGUGGAGCAUUUGUACGUGCACCUGGAGAAUGGGCAACGCGUGUAUUUUACCGAAGACAACGUAAGAGACAGAAUAGCAGAGCCACCUAGAACUACUUUGACAGCAUUCUUCGACCUCUGCCGAGAAGACGACUUUGCCAAAACUCUAUUGUAUUGCGAUGUGCCACAAUACUACAGAUGGGACAGAUCCAGUAAGAAAUGGAAACGACGCAUCCAGGGCAUCCACGUGGAAGGACAUCAGGAAUCAAGUCAUGCGACACUCUUGGUAGAGUGUACACUAUCCACCCAAGCGCAUUUGAAUGCUGUUGCUUGCGCCUUCUCCUUCACAUAG